CCUUAAUGUAGCUCAGUAGGCAGUUUAGGUCCAAAUUGACAUAAUGUAGUCUCAGUCUUCGAUCUGUUUCUAUUUCUUAUCGUUAAAAAGAUUGGGUUUUCUAAUCAAAAAAAAUUUUAUAUAUUAUUAAAAUUUACACAUCAGAUUGCCAAAUUAUAUAUAAAUUUAUGUUAGUCGAAAACCCAAUCCAGUAGUAAGACAAGAAACAAUCUAACGGAUAAGCAUUACAAUGGAACAGCAAAUUAAGCAAUUAUACUAUUUCGACGCUAUUUUGGAGAAAUCAACGCUCAAGCACAAGCCAGGGGAGCCAUGUCCUUACACUUAUAUGAUUUGUCCAUAUAAAGAAUACUUUAAAGUGACAGAUGAUCGUAUCUAUGGCAAAGAAUUCCCCACCGAGGCUCUGGGCGAAUUCGUGGCCAACCCAUACGAAUUGGCUGAGUCCCUGACUUCCAAGGGCAUCCGCUUGGCUAUCUACGAGAAUGGGCAACUGCUGGGCUGCGGCUCCUUCAGGCCAAUCGAUGAUAUUCUGCGUCCGCUGACAGAGCCAACAUUUACGGCCACCGGUGCCUACAUCGUCGAUGCGGAGCAGGAGGGGGUGCGAGUGGCGCGCGUGGACUUUAAUAUCAAGUUUAGCGCUGCCGAUCCCCAACUGGACUCAGGGAUGAUUCCGUUCGGCUGCUUUGAUAUCUGCCGAACGCUGGAUACGUCCAUCAAUCCGCGUGACAUAAUAUUCACGCUGGGCCGCUCCAAGCGAACCGCCGCAGUCGCGUGCAUCACGGACAAGCGUCUGAUGUCGUUUGGCGAGGCUCCCUUCAGCUGCGUUCGCAAAGAGGUCCACUCGACUGCCGGCUGUGGCUGCGUGGUGCACGGCACGGAUACGGUGUUGCCCAAGGCACUGGACCGAAGCAAGGAGUGCGAGCGCGAAUUGCUCAAUCGGCUGCUCAUCGAGCUGGAGUACGACAAGAUGUUGGUGCCCACACCGCCGCCGACCCACGCGCUGUCCAGGCAGUUCAACGGCUCGAGGCAGGCGAACUACUCGAGGCAAGCGAAGUGUAGACCUGGACAACAACGUUGCGGCUGAUCGGGUGCCG